GUGGACGCGCCUCUUCUCCGAUUUAAAGCACAGCUCUUUGGGAGAGUGCGUCGACAGUCUCCCCGCGCUGUCAAAGUGGCAAACAGAAGAAAAGUGUGUGUCGAACCGUCUGGACGGUGGCUGCCAACCGGGAUUAGGAUGGUAAUCAGGGUGUACAUCGCCUCUUCCUCCGGGUCUAUCGCGGUGAAGAAGAAGCAGCAGUCUGUGGUGGGCUUCCUGGAGGCGAACCGCAUCUGCUUUGAGGAGGUGGACAUCACCAUGCUGGAGACGGAGAGGCAGUGGAUGUACCGCAACAUUCCCCUGGAGAAGCACCCCGACGAGGGCAACCCCAUGCCCCCGCAGAUCUUCAACGGCCAGGAGUACUGUGGGGACUAUGAGGACUUUUUUCUGUCGAAGGAGAACAACACUGUCUUUUCAUUCCUGGGCCUGAACUCCCACCCCUCAGUGAAGGAUUCGGAAUCCUAAGGAAGCGAUUGUGAAUGGAAUCAUAUUGCAUCACUUCCUGUCUCUGGUGAUCUAGAACCUGAACCACACUGAAGCCUUGCCAAACGAGGAGGCUGCACCUGUGCCCCCGACCUUAACACACACCAACACACCUACCUUAACUCAUCCUAUCUCUUUCACACACACACACACACACACACACGCACACUCGCAUGCACACACACACACGCACACGC